AUAAAUCAAGAUGGAACACAGGGCUCAGCUUCAUUCACCGUGAUGGGGAUAAUUCCCCUGUCUUGGAACCGGUGGAGUCGGUCAGGUCGGAUCCAAGCAUCGACGGUGGUUUGAUCGUGGAGAUUACAACACACAAUACGGAGUACGGAGUACGGAGUACCUAAUAAUACCAAACAAUAUAAGGCACUUGGUGCGCCUUCUCUACAAUCUUCCAUACAUUCUUUUUUCUUUCUCUCGCGGUCUCCCAGAAGUAGUUGACUACUCUCGGUUUCUCUCCUUCUCUCUCUCUUCUUUUCCUUUUCAACCUUUCUUUGUCAUUCUUUAUCGACCUUCCCUUUGAUAGGGCAGGCCACUGCAUAUCGACGAUGCAUUCCAUUCGUUCUACUCUCGCUGCAGUCGUGGGCCUGGGGCCCCUUCUUGUAGCUGCCCAGCUGUCGGGCUCUGUCGGUCCUCUGACGUCGAUCUCGGCCAAAAACAGCACCAAGAACUGUAACGUGCUGGACUACGGCGCCGUGGCCGACAACUCGACCGACCUGGGCACCCCGCUGACUGACGCCUUUGAUGACUGCAAGGACGGCGGUGUGGUUUACAUCCCCCCGGGCUCCUACGCCAUGAGCACCUGGGUUGAUCUCAGUGGUGGAAACGCCUGGGCCCUGCAGAUGGACGGUAUCAUCUACAGAACCGGUACCGAUGGCGGGAACAUGAUCUACAUCGAGCACAGCACCGACUUUGAGCUUUUCUCCAGUACUUCCGCCGGUGCGAUGCAGGGUUUCGGCUACGAAUUCCAUAUCGAUGACAACUGGGACGGACCCCGUCUCCUCCGUCUGUACGACGUCUCGGAUUUUUCCGUUCACGACAUCGCCUUGACCGACUCGCCCUCGUUCCACUUUUCAAUGGAUACCUGCACCAAUGGAGAGAUCUACAACAUGGCCAUUCGCGGUGCGGACGCCGGCGGUACCGAUGGUAUCGAUGUCUGGAGUAACAACAUCUGGAUCCAUGAUAUCGAAGUUACCAACAAGGAUGAGUGUGUCACCGUCAAGAGUCCCUCCAAAAACAUCCUUGUCGAAGAUAUUUACUGCAACUGGUCAGGUGGUUGUGCUAUGGGCUCCCUGGGCUCUGAUACCAACGUCUCCGAUAUUGUUUACCGCAACAUCUAUACCUGGAGCUCCAACCAGAUGUACAUGAUCAAGAGCAAUGGCGGCAACGGAACUGUCGAGAACGUUGUUUUGGAGAACUUUAUCGGCCACGGCAACGCAUACUCCCUUUACAUCGACAGCUACUGGAGCAGCAUGGCCGUCGUUGCAGGCGAUGGGGUGACCCUGAACAACAUCACCUUCACCGGCUGGACAGGCACUGAGGCGGAUGGGGCGGAGCGCGGUCCCAUCGACGUAACCUGCUCGGACACCAACCCUUGCACAGACAUCACCAUCGAAGACUUUGCCAUGUGGACCGAGUCCGGCGACUACCAGUGGUACAAGUGCGAGAGCGGCUACGGUACCGGUGCCUGCCUCGAAUCCGGUGAUGACUACGUCUCCUACACCACCACCAGCACCGUCACUGCCGCUCCCUCGGGAUACUCGGCCGCCACCAUGGCUAGUGACCUGACCGCCGCCUUCGGCACCACCAAUUAUAUCCCCAUCCCGACCAUCCCGACCUCCUUCUUCCCUGGAGCGACCCCCAUCAGCCCCCUGUGCCGCGGCGAAGGUUCCUGUUAGCGUCGCUGCUUCCGCUCCUCAGGAUGUCGAAACCUCUGUUGCUGCCUCGAGUGCCGCUGCUGCUGCUGCUACUUCUGCUGCUGGAUCUGCUUCCGCCACCG